GGACCAGAGCUGGGGGCAGCGAUCGAUGGCGAAAAUGGUCGGGCCUCGAGUUUACAGCUGCAGUCAUUGCGGAAACCAUGUCUGCCUUCACGACGAUAUCAUAUCGAAGGCUUUCCAGGGGAGAAAUGGGCAUGCAUUUCUGUUUUCUCAUGCCAUGAACAUUGUUAUGGGGCCAAAGGAAGACAGGCAGCUAAUGACAGGACUGCAUACAGUUGCUGAUAUAUACUGCCGUGAUUGUGGUGAGGUGUUGGGAUGGAAGUAUGAAAGAGCUUAUGAAGAGACACAGAAGUAUAAGGAAGGGAAGUUUGUAUUUGAGAAGCUAAGAAUCAUCAAGGAGAACUGGUAGUAAGAGUUUAAAUGGAUGAUGUGUUGGUGAAGCUUCUGAUGCGAGUUCCCUGUUUGCAUAAGACGGUUGUCUCUGCGAUCUGAAUCCUCUGAUAGAGCCAUAUAUUCUUGUCCAUAGAAAUGUCGCCUAAUUGACGAUUGUUGAACUUUAUAUAAAUACCAGACUUGUGGUCUCGGAGAUGUCGGUCCUGCCACCAUGAAAACAAUUGCUUAUCGGUUAGGCAUAUGCGUUUAAGUAAUGUUUCAUGAUUUAUUUUGCUGCAA